AGGCUCCGCCUCCCCGGGCCCCGCCCCGGCCCGCCGCCAUGUUGUUCCCUUGGCGCUGGACGUGAGCAGCCGGAGUUGCACCCGGGCAGAGCUACGGUCUCCUGGCAGCCUACCCCCGACCUUCUCUCCUCGUUGCACCCGGACGGGCCAGUCGGGAGCUCCCCGGGCGUCCUCUCUGUGGCCACGAAGAGAAAAGACGAGUUCCCACACCCACGCAACCCGAGGAGAGGGACACACACCCAAACACGCGGGGACACAUGGAGAGACGCCCGGACAUCUGGAAGACACACGGGGACACGCGCAAGCACCCGGGGGAAGAGAGAUCCAUUAGCACGGGACGCGCGCGGACCCAGACGCCCGGGGAGAGCGACACAUAAUGAUGCUGCUUGAACUGAACAAUUAAGGGUUCUAAAGUCAAAACCUUGAGAUUAAUAAUGGCAGGAAAAUCUUCGCUUUUUAAAGUAAUUCUCCUUGGAGAUGGUGGAGUUGGGAAGAGCUCUCUAAUGAACAGAUAUGUGACCAAUAAGUUUGAUACCCAGCUCUUCCAUACAAUAGGUGUGGAAUUUUUAAAUAAAGAUUUGGAGGUGGACGGACAUUUUGUUACUAUGCAGAUUUGGGACACAGCCGGUCAAGAGCGAUUCAGAAGCCUGAGGACGCCAUUUUACAGAGGUUCUGACUGUUGCCUGCUCACUUUCAGUGUCGAUGAUUCCCAGAGCUUCCAGAACUUGAGUAACUGGAAGAAAGAGUUCAUAUAUUACGCAGAUGUGAAAGAGCCCGAGAGCUUUCCUUUCGUGAUUUUAGGCAACAAGAUCGACAUAAGCGAACGUCAGGUGUCUACAGAAGAAGCCCAGGCCUGGUGCAGGGACAACGGCGACUAUCCUUACUUUGAAACAAGCGCAAAAGAUGCCACAAAUGUCGCAGCGGCCUUUGAGGAAGCGGUUCGAAGAGUGCUUGCUACUGAGGAUAGGUCAGACCACCUGAUCCAGACAGACACGGUCAGUCUGCACCGAAAGCCCAAGCCUAGCUCGUCUUGCUGUUGACCGUUUAGAGAGGUUGCCUGUGUGAUCUAACCAACUCACACACAUACACAGAAAAACGCAGGGUGGAGAAGAGAAUUAGCAUUUGCAGCAAUGGAUCAUCUACUCAUAAAAUUAAACUAACCGUAUUGCUGUUUGUUAGUGGGUGGGAGAAGGGACACAUCCACUCGUGGAAGAAUCAGUGUACUCAGUAGCGGCACCGUACAUUUAUAAAUUGUAAUGGUGGUCUGUAACGUGUAAUUUAAAUAUGUACGUUACCGAGCUAAUAAAUGAGAUGAUCAGUACUUUAAUUAUAAUUAAAACACUUGGAUAUUCUGGAA